AACCAUGCCUUUUUUUUACAGGUUGUGGCUGCCACCCACCAUGCCAGUAACCAACUGGUGGCAGUGAAGAUGGUCAGCAAAAAGCUUCUAAUUAAGGACGACCCGGCUUCCGUCCUGAUCGAGAGGAAGGUCCUGGAGAUGGUUGAGUGCAGCAUUUACUGUACUCACCUCUAUGGCGCCUUUCAGACAGACAAUUACUUAUUCUUUGUAAUCGAAUACCUGAGCGGAGGAGAGCUGAGGAAGAUGAUAACCAACAAACAAACAGUUUCCAUCACCAACAUCAGACACAUGGCAGUGGAGCUGCUUUGCGGUUUGCAGUUCCUACAUUCCAAAGGAGUCGUGCACAGGUAAGUAUCUUUAUCAAACUGCAAUAACGCUUGCCCCUUCACCCUUCUCCAUCCAAUGAUUGUGGGUGCCCUUCUGCUGCCCGUUCUCAGUGAAUGGUUGAGCGCAGAUUGAAUCACUUUUUAAUGUUUCACUUGCAUAGUAAAAAAAAAGUGUCAAUUUGGCCAGAUUUGAUUGGAUUUUCCACCAGG